AAAAAAAUUCCAAUAAUUCUUUAUUUCUUUCCUUCUCAACCAAUCCACAGGCUCCCCCCUUCCUUGCCUCUUAAUAAUUAAUAAACAAUUCCAAAAGUUACCAGCCCAGAAGUGGGCCUAUUCUCGUUGGCGGACCCCAGCGUUUCCCUCCCGUCGGCCCUUCCUUUUCUUCUCAUUUUGCCGCUAUUCGCUGAAUAAGGCUUUGACGAAGCAGAUCAGGCGGACUUCCUCAGUGAUCCAAGUAAAUAAAUGGACGAGGUGAUGACGGCAGUAGAUGCGAGCUCAACGAAAGGCCACGAAGCUUCGUCUCCGUCGUCGAAUCUGCUUCCUAACAACCUUCCUCUCAUCGCGGCCUUCCUUGCCUUCGCUCUCGCUCAGUUCCUCAAAGUCUUCACCAAUUGGUUUAAAGAAAGGAGAUGGGAUUCUAAGAAGAUGAUUGAUUCAGGUGGUAUGCCAUCAUCGCACUCUGCAACUGUGACAGCUCUUGCAGCUGCUGUAGGUCUACAGGAUGGGACUGGAGGACCAGCUUUUGCAAUUGCAGUUGUCUUGGCUUGUGUUGUAAUGUAUGAUGCCUCAGGUGUCCGACUUCAUGCUGGUCGUCAAGCUGAAUUGCUGAAUCAAAUUGUCUGUGAGUUUCCUCCUGAACACCCAUUGUCUAGUGUGAGGCCUCUGCGCGAAUUACUUGGGCAUACUCCACUUCAGGUUGUUGCAGGUGCAUUAUUGGGAUUUAUAGUAGCUGUCCUGAUGCGAAACUCUGUUUAGGAUGUUACAUAAACAACAUUGAUUCUUUUUCCUUCUCAGUAAUGGGAUGGGAGUAUACAUCAGUCUCAACUAGGAAUGGAAGAAAGAGCUGCUGUCAAUCUUAAGUUUCUGUUGUUGAAACCCUGUAAAGUUGCUCAGAGGAUAAAUACGACGAACUGAUUUUAGUUUAUUAUUCUGAAGAGAUUUUCAGUUGUUUAGAUAAGUUAAUAAAA